GCAAUGUUGUCUAUACGAAUGAGAGGAGCAGCUCGGCGGCUCAAGCUUCGUUACACGUGUGAGUCCGCUACCUCUCUUUCUGAGUACCCAUUUAGUUUAGUUGAGCUUUCUCGGUUUUUAUCGUCGGUUAGUUCAAGAAGCUCCGACCCAAGUUCGGGUUUUUGUUAUGAAACUAGGCCUCAUUGUGUUGAAAGUAGUGAUUUUGAUGAUUGUAAUAGUGGGAAUGGUGGUUUUAGGCAAAUGGGUAAUCGGAAUAUUGGGCGUGAAAGCCAAAGCUUUAAGCUUUUGGAAGUGUCAGAUAGUGAAGAAGGGAAUGAUAGAGAUAGUGAUAAUGAGGAUCAUGAUUUAAUGGUGUGGAGUUCUAAUAGGGAUUGUGAGGUUAAAGUGAAUUUGGGUAGAAGUGAAGGAGGUGGAGGUGAGGAGGAAUAUAGACACCCUUUGGUGAGAGAGGUGUGUAGGUUGAUUGAGCUUAGGACAGAAUGGACUCCAAAGUUUGAAGGGGAAUUGAGGCACUUGUUAAGGAGCUUGAAGCCGAAUCAGGUUUGUGCUGUUUUGAAGUCUCAGGCUGAUGAGAGAGUUGCUUUGAAUUUUUUUUACUGGGCGGAUAGGCAGUGGCGGUAUAAGCAUGACCCGGUUGUGUAUUAUGCAAUGCUUGAGGUGCUUGGGAAGACUAAGUUGUGCCAAGGUGCUAGGAGGGUUCUUAGGUUGAUGGCACGCAGGCGGAUUGAGCUUCGGUCUGAAGCUUUUGGUCUUUUGAUGGUGUCGUAUAGUCGAGCGGGCAAGUUGAGGCAUGCGUUGCGUGUGUUGACUUUGAUGCAGAAAGCAGGACUUGAUCUUGAUGUGGCAAUGUGUAAUACUGCGAUUUAUGUUUUGGUGAAGGGUAAUAAGUUGGAGAAGGCGUUGAGGACCUUGAAAAGGAUGAAGCUUAUUGGGAUUGCACCAAAUGUUGUCAGUUAUAAUUGUUUGAUAAAGGGGUAUUGUGAUAUGCAACGUGUAGAAGAUGCACUUCACUUGCUGGAUGAAAUGCCGAACAAGGGUUGUAAUCCUGAUAAAGUUAGUUACUAUACUGUGAUGGAUUUCCUUUGUAAGGAGAAGAGGGUCAAAGAAGUGAGGGACUUGAUGGAGAAGAUGAUCAACAUUGGUGGGUUGUUACCAGACCAGGUUACUUAUAAUAAUCUUGUCCAUGUGCUUUGUAAGCAUGGGUAUGGUGAUGAGGCAAUUGAAUUUUUAAGGGAAGCUGAAGAGAAGGGAUUUCGGUUUGAUAAGGUUGGCUAUAGUGCUAUUGUACAUUCAUUUUGUAAGGAUGGUAGGAUUGACACGGCAAAAGAAAUUGUUAGUGAAAUGUUUUCAAAAGGUUGCGCCCCAGAUGUUGUAACCUACACUGCCGUUCUGAAUGGUUAUUGUCGACUUGGGAAGAUGGAUCAAGCUAAAAAGAUGCUUCAGCACAUGCAUAAGCAUGGUUGCAAGCCAAAUACUGUAUCAUAUACGGCCUUAUUAAAUGGACUCUGUCGUGGUGGGAACUCAUUGGAGGCAAGAGAAAUGAUGAACACGAGUGAGGAAGAAUGGUGGACACCAAAUGCUAUUACUUAUAGUGCUCUGAUGCAUGGAUUUCGGAGAGAAGGGAAACUGGUUGAAGCUUGUGAUACUGUCAAGGAGAUGAUUAAAAAGGGAUUUUUCCCUAACCCAGUUGAAAUUAAUCUCUUAAUUCAGUCUCUUUGCGAAGAGGGGAAGAUGGAUGAGGCUAAAUGUUUCAUGGAGGAGUGUCUAAACAAAGGUUGUGCUGUUAAUGUUAUCAAUUUUACUACUGUUAUUCAUGGAUAUUGUCAAAAAGAUGACUUGGUGGCGGCUCUGUCAUUGCUUGACGACAUGUAUCUCAGCAACAAACACCCAGAUGCAGUAACUUAUACAGCAGUGGUCAAUGCAUUGGGAAAGAAAGGUCGACUACAAGAGGCAGCAGAACUUAUUAUGAAGAUGCUGGGUAAGGGUAUUGACCCGACUCCCGUCACAUACAGGAUGAUCAUCCACUGGUACUGUAAGAUGAAUAGGGUGGAUGAUUUAUUGAAAUUAUUGGAGAAGAUGUUCUCUAGGAAAAAUUGCAAAACUGCAUAUAAUCAAGUGAUUGAGAAGCUUUGUAGAUUUGGGAACUUACAGGAGGCUGAUAAACUACUGAGUAAGGUGUUGAGAACAGCUUCAAGAAAUGAUGCUGAGACGUGCCAUGUACUUAUGGAUGGUUAUUUACGAAAGGGGAUACCUCUGUCAGCAUACAAAGUGGCUUGUCGAAUGUUCAAUCGGAAUUUGAUUCCUGAUUUAAAGUUGUGCGAGAAAGUGACUAAGAGACUGAUGAUAGAAGGAAACUCCAAAGAGGCAGACAACCUUAUGCUAAGGUUUGUUGAGCGUGGAUGCAUAUCAAACCAUCAUCUGGAAAGCUAAGGAGAAACCUAAUGAAGGACAGCUCAAGCCCCUGACCGGGGGUUGAACAAGACCUGCAAGAGAAUCUAUAGUGACAGAGGAAGACAUUAGUAGAUAUUGAUGGUUGCAUCAUUAUUCCUGUGUUUGGGGGUAAAUGUUUGGCAAGAUCACCAUCCCUAUGUAUACAGAACUUGGUCUCUCUUUGUGGCCUUGGCUUGCAUCUUCUAAUGCUCUUUCAUGAGCUUCCUACGAAUGGUUAGUAGCGUUUUAGUUACUCUGCAUAGCUUCUAGCCAUUUACCACUUAGUAGUAAAGAAAAUAUUCCCAGUUAAAGGUCUAAUCCUUUCCAUUAUACCCCCCUCCCUCCAGGAUGGGAGCAGAAAGAAGUGUAGAUAAUGGUAAGGUAUAUAAAAUGACAUGUUGUGCUUAUGCCAGGUUAAUUUCGGUGGACUUCCUUCUAAUCAGCUAUUUAUUGUUUUCUUAAAUUAUUAUAAAAGUGGCAGAAUAGAUGGAGAAAAUACAGCAUGGUUUUGAAAUCUGAGAGGUUUUGCUUAUACCUGCUUAAGAAUUAUUAGUGGGGGAAUUUUCCCCUCUAAGUAUGAUCCAUGUGACACCUGUUACCAUUGUCUCGUCUAUUAUUGUUUAAAUGGGAAGUAUACUGUAUAGUACUACGAUGUUUGAGUGCAGCACUUAGCGGUUUGUAUCUUGCUUGGAAUAUAGCAUUCGUCCAUUUCGGAAAGAUGUGAAGAAAAGAGCAAUGAAAAGUUGGAGCAAUGGAAACGGUGGGAAAUAUGUUGUGGGGUUUUAUCUUUCAUGAAUAGAUAAAAAGGAUGUCUUUGUGUUGAAAGCCACCGUAUGGGAGAACAUGUCUGCUUUGUGGCCAAGCCAUUUCCAGCCAAAGAAUGUACUGUUGCUUGCUUGCUGCUGAAGAUCAUCAUUCUAAUGUGUGAGUAUCUCUUCUUACCCAUGUGAUCUAUCUAUAAAUUCCUUUCUCUUGCUUUACUAUGAUAUUGCUGCACUGAUGUGGGCACAGAAAGUAAAUACUCGUUUCGGAGCCAAUUUUUGUGGGCAGUAUCUCCUGCCAUGUAAAAUAUCUGAGACAGAGUCCUUUCUUGUUGGAAGCUUAUAGUCAUAUUUGGAUGUUUCACAUUGGCAUGUAGAACAUUCAGUUGUGAAUGGUCUGUUUAUGCCCAAGAAAGAGAAAGCAAGAACUUGGAUUCUAAGGAUCCAAAGUGAAUGUCCUCAAUUUGUUUCUUGUAUCACUUUCUUGAGUUUAUUACUAGCACAGGCCGGCAUUUUCUGCUUAGCUAGUAUACCAUGUCUCUAAUAAUAAUAUAUAACUAUAUGACUAUGUAUAGUUAUUUUUUCGAUUACUACUGUGAGAAAGAAGAACAAAUUGAUUCUUCAGAUAUUUUAUAGCACUAUAAUUUUUUUUGAGAUUCAGUGAAGCUUGAAUGUUUAAUGGUAUUGUGCCUUUACCCCACCUUAAUAUCAACAAUGGAUUGAAAGGGGCGGUUCAUAGACACCAACUGAAGAAUCGAUUUGUUCUUCUUUCUCCCAUCUUCAUCAAGUUGUUUUAUAUACUCACCAGAACAUGCUCCUUUACCCCACCUUAAAAUGCAGGUGCAGACUGUGCAGUAUAGCAGCUCCAUCACACCAAAUAAAGAAGGUGGAGCAUUCUUUGAGAUGAAGAUAUAAUUUAUUUUUCUCUAUUAUUGACAUAUCUCAAGUUGCCAUUACUGAUGGAAUUUCUCUUUGUU